UCAUUUCAUUUUUUUUUUUUUUUUUCCCUUCUCCGAGCUUCUCCAGCUGCUGGAUGGCUCACUGCGAUUUACGUCCUCGGAGCUGCUGGCCUCCCGGCGCGCGCGCACCCUGACCGAUGCUCCCGCCGCCGUGUGUGUUCGCCCGCUGAGCUCUCACUUCGGACCCGCCGGACCCCCCGCUCCCUCGCGCUCCGGCACCGCAGCGAUCCGCUCGCGUUUGCGCACUUCUUCGGCCUCGAGAUAUGGCAAUGGUAGUGAGCGUGUGGCGAGACCCGCCGGAGGACGUGGCCGGAGGAACUCCGGGCGGCCCCGGCGCGGCGACCCAGCCGGCACGGGAGCAGCAGCCGCAAGCGGCCUCGGCGACGCCGCACACGCCGCACACGCCCGGUCAAGCAGGACACCCGUCCACGCCCGGGACGGCCGGAGACAAGCAGGGACACGGCGGGCAGACUUCGGGACAGAGCCAGCACAUCGAGUGCGUGGUGUGCGGGGACAAGUCCAGCGGGAAGCACUACGGUCAGUUCACCUGCGAGGGAUGCAAAAGUUUCUUCAAGAGGAGUGUCCGGAGGAACCUAACGUAUACGUGUCGUGCCAACAGGAACUGUCCCAUCGACCAGCACCACCGCAAUCAGUGCCAGUACUGCCGCCUCAAGAAGUGCUUGAAAGUGGGCAUGCGGCGCGAAGCGGUUCAGCGAGGACGAAUGCCCCCCAGCCAGCCGAACCCGGGCCAGUACGCGCUCAGCAACGGGGACCCCCUGAACGGCCACUGCUAUCUCUCGGGAUACAUCUCGCUCCUGCUGCGGGCCGAACCGUACCCCACGUCCCGCUACGGCAGCCAGUGCAUGCAGCCCAACAGCAUCAUGGGCAUCGAGAACAUCUGCGAGCUGGCGGCCCGCUUGCUCUUCAGCGCCGUCGAGUGGGCCAGGAACAUCCCGUUCUUUCCGGACCUGCAGAUCACGGACCAGGUGUCUCUUCUCAGGCUCACGUGGAGCGAGCUGUUCGUGCUCAACGCCGCCCAGUGCUCCAUGCCGCUGCACGUGGCCCCGCUGCUGGCCGCCGCCGGCCUCCACGCGUCGCCCAUGUCCGCGGACCGGGUGGUGGCCUUCAUGGACCACAUCCGCAUCUUCCAGGAGCAGGUGGAGAAGCUCAAGGCGCUGCACGUGGACUCGGCGGAGUACAGCUGCAUGAAAGCGGUGGUGCUUUUCACGCCAGACGCGUGUGGCCUGUCGGACGUGGCUCACAUCGAAAGCCUGCAGGAGAAGUCGCAGUGCGCCCUGGAGGAAUACGUGAGGAGCCAGUACCCCAACCAGCCCAGCCGCUUUGGCAAGCUUCUCCUUCGGCUGCCGUCACUCCGCACUGUGUCUUCAUCAGUAAUCGAGCAGCUCUUCUUUGUGCGCCUGGUAGGUAAAACUCCCAUUGAAACCCUCAUCCGGGACAUGCUGUUGUCCGGGAGCAGUUUCAACUGGCCCUACAUGUCGAUCCAGUGAUGCAAAGGGGAUCGAGGGGUAAACAAGAGCAAACAGAGGCACCGGAGCCCUGCAAUCGAAAGGAAGUCCAAAAGAAGGACCUGGAGGAACGGACCUCCUUGUGGUCCCCAGAAGAGUGCAAGGCCAGACCACUGGUACCCUUAGGACACUCGCUCUUCCUGGAAUUGAUCAUGUACAGAAAGAAGGGACUUACUGCUGUUUACACCCCUCCUGGACAAAAACACUGCUCGUUUGCUAAUAAUUACUCUGUUUCUUUUUUCUUCUUUUUUGCAAAAAAGCGGAAAAAAAACAUCGCAAGCUUAAUAAAACGGAUGAAGAUUUA